GCUACAUUGCGAGUUACAAAGAAACAAAAGCAACUGUUUUAGAAGAUCCGAGUGGCGAGACAAAGAGUGGGUGAAUCGGGCAGCGAGCGGACUCGUGUUCUCCCCGGCAUUAUGAAUAAGGACAGGUUAUUUCGGAAGCUCUUUGUGGGUGGGUUACCGUAUCACAGCAAUGAAGGGUCUCUCACGCGGCACUUCCAGCGGUUCGGCGAGAUUGAGGAAGCGGCGGUGAUAACCGACAAGCUGACCGGCCGAUCACGAGGAUACGGCUUUGUCACCAUGGCAGAUUGGGCUGCAGCUGAGAGGGCAUGUAAAGAUCCCAAUCCCAUCAUUGAUGGAAGAAAAACUAACGUAAAUCUUGCUUACCUUGGGGCCAAACAGCGCACUGUACCUUCAGGAAGUCUUGGUCUACAAGUUCACUCAGCUCUGAUGCAGAGACCUUAUGGAGUUGGACCAUACCUGAUCCCACAGACCAUCAUUCAACCUGGCUUGGUUCUACCCUCCACCUCGUACCUGGAAUCCAGUGUAGCCUUGUAUGCACAGUAUCCUGCGUAUGAACAACUCUACCCAGUUUCUUCUCAUUAUCCCAAUCCUGGUUACACCUACACAGUACAACUUCCAUUACAGACUGGAAUUCCAAACUUAAGCCAAGUUCAGCACGAGCCAACAAUACUGCACACGGCUGGUCUUCAGAGACGAUAAAAUUGUGGUUGCUUUUCAUGUAUCGUUUACUUGUCUUCAGAGGAACUUUUAAUGUUGCUGGUUUCCAUGUAUGCUGUACCAGUUGGACCUGCUGCCGUUGCAUUGGUAUUGAGAAUAGUACUUUUUAAAGUUUUUAAAGAAAAAAAAACAUCCAAAAUAGAGGAAAGUCCAAGAAAUUGUUAUACCUACUGGUUCAAUUUCCUCUUUCUUAUUCUCCCUCCUUCCAGGAAUCCUGGAAGUAAAACCUUUUGUGUAUUUCUGAUCAUUGUUGUCUUUCCCAUCUGAAGGGUAAAAGUCAGCACCGAAGGGUCUUGUAUUGGAAAUGUAUUUAUUAUGUGGCACAGAGGGGGAAGAAAAGCCAGAAAGCUAUGGGGAUUUAGUGGGUAGCCAGCCAGCCACCCCCCCCCCACUCGACCAGUGUCAGCUAAUAUCAGCUAAAUGUUUAAAGGAAUUUGAUGUCACUCAAACUGUAACAAUCAGUCACUGACAGGGGGGGGGAAUGUAAUAUUUCUACCAUUGUAAUCUUACAUUUAAAAAAAUAUUUGUAGAAACCUUUCGAAUGCUUACAUGGCAGACACAGACCUCAAUAUUAGGGAUUGUUGUGUUGCAAUUCCAUAAUUAACUCAGGAUUUUUGUAGAAUUGGAACUCUUAUACUUCCAGAAUUUCUGUGUCAUGCAUGGAAAGAUUUUUGGGAGUUCUUUUGCUUGGAUCUGCCAUGCAUCUAGCCAGUCCACGGUAUCUGGUAAAAUGAAGCUGAGGUAAUUUAUGAAUUGAAGCAAUGGAUCAAUAAAUCACUGCUUGAAGGUUGUUUUUUUUUUGCUCUCUAUGAGUAACAAAUUACCCAGUAAAUAUUUAUGAACCAAAUCUAGUUAACCUGUCAUUUGGUAGGAAUGUACAAAAUGUAGUCUAUUUCCCAUAUGUAACUGUAUAAAUUUGUUUAGCGUAUAUUAUUAGAGAUAAACUAAUGCAAAAUGCCGCCAGUGCAGAUAUCUAUCAACAUAAUCCCUGAUGCCAAUAGAACAUGACUUUGUGCCAACCAUAUCUGAGGUAUGUUGUUGGGAACAGGUACUAUGAGGGUGCUUACUCUAAACAGAAAACUGGUGCAUCAUUUUGUAAUGCUGAACCAUCAGACUGUUAAAUAUCAUUACAUUCUGAACUAAUUUCUGACCAGAUCUUUGUACCAUGGAAUAUUAAAAAAAUCAUUAU